GUUUCUUUCCGGAGGGCAAUAGAGAAAGGACCGCCUCGAUUUAUGGAGUUUCGAACAGCAUAUUUGUUGUGAGAGUUUCUCUCUGAGGCGGUUUGAGCACGAUGGGUGGCUUUAGAGCAUUUCUGAGAGUAGCACUGGUCUUUAUGACACUGGAGCUGUACCUGGUGUGCUGUGAUAUAACCGACGGGAACGCGGAACACCUGAAGAGAGAGCACUCGUUGAUGAAGCCUUACCAAGGUGUUGGCAGCAGUCCGACUAGUCAGUGGGACUUCUGGGGAAGCACUUUGGUGACGAGCUCCUACGUCCGACUCACUCCAGAUGAGAGAAGCAAACAAGGAUCCAUCUGGAAUACUGUGCCUUGUUACCUGAAGGACUGGGAGAUGCACGUGCAGUUUAAAGUUCAUGGGUCGGGAAAGAAGAGUCUCCAUGGUGACGGCAUCGCUCUCUGGUACACGAAGGACAGACUGCAUCCAGGGCCUGUGUUUGGAAACCAAGAUCAGUUUCUUGGCCUGGCUAUUUUUUUGGAUACCUUCCGCAAUGACCUCCAUGGGAUGGAUCGCUCCUUCCCGUAUAUUUCGGCCAUGGUGAACAACGGCUCCGUGAAUUACGAUCAUGGAAAAGAUGGCCGCUCGUCGGAGCUGGGCGGCUGCUCGGCCGAGAUCAGGAACAGGGAGCACGACACGUACCUCGCCAUUCGCUACUCUAAAGGAAGACUGACUGUGAUGAUGGAUGUCGACGAUAAGAACGAAUGGAAGGAGUGCAUUGACAUUGGAGGUGUUCGUCUUCCCACCGGGUAUUUCUUUGGUGCCUCAGCAGCUACAGGGGACCUCUCAGAUAACCACGACAUCAUUUCCAUGAAGCUGUACCAGCUGAUGGUGGAACACACCCCCGAAGAGGAGAACUUGGACUGGACCAAGAUCGAGCCCAGUGUCAGCCUGCUCAAGUCGCCUAAAGACAACAUAGAUGAUCCGACUGGAAACUUCCGCAGCACACCGCUCACCGGCUGGAAGGUCUUCCUGCUGCUGCUGUGUGCUCUGCUGGGAAUCGUGGUGUGCGGUGUGGUGGGAGCCGUGGUUUUCCAGAAGAGACAGGAGAGGAACAAGAGGUUUUACUGAAUCGAGAGACGAAACCUCACGGGCGAGGUGUUUGCUGUGGAAUGAACUGUUUCCAAACGACAGAUUGAGCAAAUUCAAUGUGAAUUUUUUUCUAAAGAUUGUACAAAUGUUUAUAUCUCUGAAGCACUGCGUUGAGAGUUGAUUGCGGUAACUUGUGAUGACGUGCUGCUUAGAAGACGCAGGACUAGCGGCAACUGUCAUAAGUCAUAACCCUCGAGGCUGUUUUUGUGUCUUUGUGUUCAUUUGUUGCGGGAUUAGAUUAGAUUUUCUGUCUUUUGCAAACAGAGUUUUUCUAAUUCAUAAAAAAAAAAAUUGCUUCAGACUUGCUUAUUGGUUAAUGUUUUGUCUCCAGGUCUUUUCAGCGUUUCUUUGCUGCUGCUGAAAGAGUUAACAAUGGCACCAAACGACAAUUUAGAUUUUUAUUUUUGUCUUCCGAGCUGUUUUACUGGAUUAUUUAUUGGAAAAAGAGAGCAGCUCCGCACGGGAAAAAGCGAUUUAAUCCGCUACGUUUGGCAAUGAGGAUCUGUGGUUGUUCAGUGGAGAUCUGCUGAAAUAGAUAUUGUCAGGACAAAAAACAAAAUAAGACAUAAACUCAAGAAACUAAGGAGUAAUCAAAGUUAACCUCGAGAGCACUAGCCUGUGUUUUAACACAUGCAAGGAGUGCCUGUUUGGACUUGUCGAUUCGUUCUGGAUUUCAACCAUACUGAUCAGUCCGUUUCUCUUUUUUUUUUUGGUAGCAGUGUCGAGCAUCUCUUUGUCGCUGGAUUUCCUGUUAGGGGUGCAUUGUUUUCUUUAGUCUCCUCAGCCAUACAAACUACUGUAUCUCUGCUCAUGCCACACACCCGCUUAUUCCUACUAGAGUUUGUGUUUUUUAUUUUCAUGGCUGACUCGCUUCAAAUAGACCACUAGAGCUGCGACUAACCAGUGAAGUUUCUGGAAUAAUUUGUUGGUCCAGAUAACGGCAGAAAUGUGUCCUAAAUCCUUGGCAAACACAUUAAAAUUUCUAGUUCGAAUUGAAGAUUCAGUUUAUUACCUGAGGAAACUAAGAGAACAAGCAAAUAUUCUCAUUUGAGUAGCUCGACUCAGUAGGUGUUUAAUGUCCCUGUAGCAUUUACGAUAAAAUACAUGUUUAUAAAAUACAAAUAUUAACCCCAGAUGGGCACAUGAAAUAGAUAUAAAUUGAUCCGUAACCGAGACGCAUCUCUUCCAUGCGAAACCCUUUAUACAUGUUCAUAUUCUUGUUAAACAGAACAAAGAUAUCAGACGCAGGGUAGCAAAUUGUCAGGGAUUCAAAAAAUUGCCGGUUUAAUUGUUAUAUGAUGACAUAAAUGCAGUAACAUUUUCCAUGAAGUUGUUCCACCACGGACGACUCUGGAAUGACACCGGCGGACAAGUGGAUGGAUCUUGGAAACUGAACAAUCUCGAAUCCUUGAGGUUUAAAUGUUUUAAGCUUUUCUUUUCUUUUCUCUGAAGGAUUUUUUGAGCUGCAAUGUCUUUUUAUCCAGAAUAUGCCUUUUCUCCUUUAUUUUUCUAAGUGUUUUUUUUUUCGGUCAGCAAUGUUUAAUCGGAAUUAAAAGUCUCUGAUUCAAAUCUGCAGCAUAAUGAGUAUUACACUGCUGCUUCAGACGAGCGUGAUUCAUAAAUGCAGUCUUAAUUAGGAAGUCUUUUGUCCCCUUAGAUCCAUGGACAGAUUGAUUAAAGGCAUGUUUACGCUGGCAGUGCUUUAGUCUUUAAUUUCUUCCAAUGCAGGCUUAUUUGUUGUUGCUUUUAUUCCCAUUGUGUUCCUUUUUUGCUUCAGUCCUGACAUGUUGGAAGUAAAAUUUAGGAUUGGAUGAAAUGUUUUUCAAUUUUCUGAAACCCCUAGUCUUUCUGUUUUUUCUUUUUUUUAAAUCUGUCAGUUCGACUAAACAUUUUUAUUACUGUUCCUGUGUGCUUGAAGCCACUCUGUUUUCCUUGGCCCAUCAAUUAGUUCUGUGAUGAGACUUGAAACAGCUUCUCUCAUCAGAAAUGAUGUAUUAAAAAGAAGAAGAAAAAAACCC